GUUACGCCUGAGCAAGUUCAAAUUACACGUACAAUUACAUAAGUUUGGUGCUGUUGUGCAACAUUCUGCAUGCUCAUAUUGAAACCCGGGCCUCCGAAGAUGUAGUAGAACACAUGUUUGAUCGUCGUCGACGCUUUUGCUGCGCAAGAAGGCCUGGGAAGAUGAGGCGAUGCAACAUUCUGCAGUGACUGCGGUGGUGUUGACUCGGAGGACCACCUGCAUCAACCUCCCACCAGUAACCGAUAUCAUACGAUGACGACCAGGCUACCAAAACUGGUCGCUUUCGAUCUAGACUAUACGCUUUGGGAUUUCUGGGUCGAUACUCACGUACAUCCUCCAUUAAAGCGAGACCACGUCACUGGCAAAGUCAUCGAUAGCCAGCGCAAACCCAAGACAAUAGACUUUUACAAGGAUGUACCACAGAUCAUGCAUCGCCUACAAGCAGCAGGCGUAACGAUCGCUGCGUGCUCACGGACGGAUGCGCCGUCAUUAGCUCGCGAAGCCUUAGAUCUCAUACUUAUACCCCCGAGGACUGGUAGCGACAGCAGUGCUAAACCAAUUCCCGCAAUUAAGUUUUUUGACCAGCUGGAGAUAUACCCUUCUUCCAAGAUCAGACAUUUCAAGCAACUUCAUGAGAAGACUGGGAUACCCUAUGAUGAGAUGCUAUUCUUCGACGACGAAUGGAGGAAUCAGGAAGUAGAAGAACUUGGCGUGACAUUCACACUUGUCCCAAACGGUCUCAAUGACCGAAUUCUAGAGAAAGGGCUAGAGGAAUGGAGAAAGAGGCACCCUGUUCAAGUCACCGAAGACGUGGUGGAAGCAGAUGAAACUCUUAUCUCAUAGUGUUUCGUCGGCGUGACAUCUCAAUUGAAUUCAUGGUCUCGGUAAGAGAAGUAGUUACACUGCCUAUCUGAGUUGAUCAUAUCGAUAAGUACAAUGGACAAUCCAGAUUCUAUGAGAGGGGUUUCCCUUGCGAUGAACAUAUAAGUUGAUAUCUAUUCCCCAUAUAUCAAGCCUAGAAUGUGCUCGACUGAACACAUUUACACCGAG